AUGGAUGCUCGUGGAAAGCUGGCUUUCAUGCCGAUACACAAGACUACCUCCGCGCUUCGUCAAUUAGCAUAUGGGUGUAGCGUCGACUUGUUUGACGAGCAUUUGGAGAUGUCGGCUAGGACUUCCCGGGAGUCGCUAAUUUAUUUUUGUAAAGGUAUAAAUGAAUUGUAUGGACCGACAUACCUACAGAGACCUACAUCUAUGGAUCUUGAGCGAAUAUACGAUGUGCAUGAGCAGCUUCAUGGUUUCCCUAGUAUGAUCGGUAGUAUUGAUUGCAUGCACUGGCCAUGGGAGAUGUGUCCAACCGCAUGGCGCGGUUCGCACACCAGAGGGGAUGUUGGUAGACCAUCAUUGAUGCUUCGGGCAGUUAAGUCUACUGACUUGUGGAUUUGGAAUGCAUAUUUUGCGGGUUUUUAUGGAAACAACAACUACUACAAAGCCGGAUACUACUUGACAGAUAGCAUCUACCCUGAGUAUUCCACCUUUGUGAAGACUUUUACUGACCCGAUUGACGAAAAAAGAAAAUACUUUAAGAAGAAACAAGAAUCAGCGCGAAAGGAUAUCGAGAAAGCAUUCGGGGUUCUUAAAAAGCGUUGGAAAGUUGUUAGUUUUCCCUCACAGUUUUGGGACAAGCAGAGGAUGCAUGACGUGAUAUACGCGUGUAUCACUCUACACAACAUGAUAUUGGAGGAUGAAGAUAAAGCUUUUUGUCAAGACUUCAACGAUGAAGACCCAACACUAGACCCGGCGUAUUGGGAACAACAAACUUCAAUGGAGCAACGGAUCACGAAUUCACAAGCCGUACGAAAUAGCCAAACCCACAACAUGCUCUUAGCGGAUUUGGUAGAUCAUUUUUGGGAAAACAAGAGGGGAAAUCAUCCACCAUACGUGCCACUGGAAGUCGAUGACUACUUUAGCGAUGAUGAUUAG